GCUGUGCGUCACAGGGGACUGAGCAGGACCCUGCCGCGCCUGCCCAGCCACAGGACAGACCCGUACUCCAGCCUUGAGAGCUCGGCUGCCAGCUCUGUGGCUUCCAAUGAGACUCCUCCCGCUUCUAGUGGGUUUCUCCACUUUGUUGAAUUGUUCCUACACACAAAAUUGCACCAAGACACCGUGUCUACCAAAUGCCAAGUGUGAAAUCCACAAUGGUGUGGAAGCCUGCUUCUGCGGUGUGGGGUUCUCUGGAAAUGGCGUCACGAUUUGUGAAGAUAUAGAUGAAUGUAGUGAGUCGGCUGUCUGCGGUGACCACGCCGUAUGUGAAAAUGUGAACGGAGGGUUUUACUGCUUCUGCAGGGAAGGUUAUCAGACCUCCACGGGGAAGUCGCCCUUCACACCGAACGACGGCUCUUACUGCCAAGAAAGUGUGAAUUCAAAUUGCCACUUAGAGCAUGCCUGCAUUGCUGCAAACAUUAAUAAAACCUUAAAAAGAAUUGAACCCAUAAAGGAACAGAAGGCUUUACUACAGGAAAUCUAUAGAAAUUCUGAGGGUGAGCUCUCAUCUGUGGAUAUAAUCACAUACAUAGAGGUACUUGCUGAAUCUUCCCCAUUACUAGGCUACAUGAACAGCACCAAUUCAUCCAAGGAUGACCGUUUCAAUUCAACUCUUAUUGAAUUUGUAAAAACCAUCAAUAAUUUUGUUCAAAAGAGCACACUUAAAAUUUGGGACCAAUUACCUACAAAUCAUAGACGACUUCAUCUCACCAAACUCUUGCACACUGCUGAGCUUGUCACCUUAGGAAUCUCUCAGAACUUCCAAAAGGCUACUCAGUUUGAUAUGAACACUACUGAUGUGGCUCUCAAGGUUUUAGUUUUUGAUUCAAAUCACAUGAAGCAUGCUCAUCCCCACAUGGAUGUGGAUGGAGGCUAUGUAAAAAUAUUCCCAAAGAGAAAAACUCCAUACGACUCCACUGGCAGUGUCGUAGUUGCAUUCCUGUGUUAUAAGAGUGUUGGCCCUUUGCUUUCCCCAUCUGAUGACUUCUUACCGGACUCUCAAGAUGAUGAUAAUUCUGAAGAAAAGGAAAAAGUCAUUUCUUCAGUGAUUUCUGCCUCAAUUAGCUCAAAUCCACCCACACUGUAUGAACUUGAGAAAAUUACAUUCACACUAAGUCAUGGAAAGGUGUCAGAUAAGUACAGGACACAGUGUGCCUUUUGGAACUACUCAGUCAACGACAUGAAGAAUGGCAGCUGGUCUUCUGAGGGCUGUGAACGGACAUACUCAAAUGACACCCACACUUCGUGCCGCUGUAGUCACCUGACACACUUUGCAAUUCUGAUGUCUUCCAGUACCUCCAUUGGAAUUAAAGAUUAUAACAUCCUGACAAGGAUCACUCAGCUUGGGAUCAUCAUCUCCUUGGUUUGUCUCGCCAUGUGCAUUUUCACCUUCUGGUUCUUCAGCGAGAUUCAAAGCACCAGAACCACAAUUCACAAGAACCUCUGCUGCAGCCUCUUCCUGGCAGAACUCGUUUUCCUUGUUGGGAUUAACAUCAACACAAACAAGCUGGUCUGCUCUAUCAUCGCCGGCCUGCUCCAUUACUUCUUCCUAGCUGCCUUCGCCUGGAUGUGCAUUGAGGGCAUACACCUGUAUCUCAUCGUUGUGGGGCUCAUCUACAACAAAGGGUUUCUGCACAAGAACUUUUAUAUCUUCGGCUAUCUCAGCCCAGCUGUAGUUGUUGGAUUCUCAGCGUCCUUAGGAUACAAGUAUUAUGGUACCACCAAAGUAUGUUGGCUGAGCACUGAGAACAACUUUAUCUGGAGCUUCAUAGGACCGGCGUGUCUAAUCAUUCUUGUUAAUCUCUUGGCUUUUGGAGUUAUCAUAUACAAAGUUUUUCGCCACACUGCUGGAUUGAAACCAGAAGUUAGUUGCUAUGAGAACAUAAGGUCUUGUGCCAGAGGCGCCCUGGCCCUCCUCUUCCUUCUGGGUACCACCUGGAUCUUUGGGGUUCUCCACGUGGUGCAAGCUUCUGUAGUAACUGCUUACCUCUUCACCGUCAGCAAUGCCUUCCAAGGGAUGUUCAUUUUCUUGUUCCUCUGUGUUUUAUCGAGAAAGAUUCAAGAAGAAUAUUACAGGUUGUUCAAAAACGUCCCCUGUUGUUUUGGCUGUUUGCGGUAAACCAAGAGAAUACUUGAUAAACACAGCCUCCAUGGAAUGAGAACUCCAAGCUUCAGAUAACCCGUGUGUAAAAAGCAACCUGUCCUUUCAUUGUUAGUAAUUAAUUUCAAAUUCAUGUUUCUGUUCACAGUAUAAGGGAUAUAGUUAAUGUGAGAUAAAAUUAUGGACCAGAGAGCGACAGCAUGUUUUCCUACAUGACAUAGUUAGAUGUGUCAGAGACAGUACCGCAGCUAUUCGGGAAGUAAUUGGUUUCUCUGGAGUGAUAUCACUGUGCCCAAGGAAAGAUUUCCUUCUAACAUAAGAAAUAUAUGAAUGUCCUGGAGGAAACCACUGGCUUGAUAUCUUUGUGACUCGUGUUGCCUUUCAAACGAGUCCCCGACCACCUUAGUAAUGAGUUCCGUUGCAGGAAGGAAAGCAUAAGAGAAUUGGAGGAGCAGAAUAUAAAGCAGGAAGAAGGCCUCUCUGACAAAGAAUUGUCAUUCCAAUAAACUUGGCUUUCUCUAAACUUGAUGAGAAAAUUUCAAGAUAAAAUAAUGGGAAAAAGAAAAGAAAAACCAACCUAGUAGAUUGGGAAUUGGUCUAAACUUAAAAGACCCAGACCUAAGUUUGCUGUAUCCAUGUUCUCUCUUACUGUUCUACAGCAAACAAAGAAAAACCCAUAUAAGUGAAAGGCACAGGACGUGUGUUCUUACACUCACAUUAGAUUUGAGUGUAAUUUUUUUUAUUCUUCAGAUUGAGGCUUCAAAUUUACAGUCAGUAAAGUGCGGAUUUGUCAAACUAUAAUGCUGUUUAUGUCUUUAGCGUAAAAAGAGUGUGAUAUAUUUUGUCUACAAUAUUUUACUGUUGUGAAAAUUAUCUUUUCAUAUUAGAGCAAUAUACUUGAAUACUUCAUUACUUUUAAUCUUACAAAUAUUAUGAUUCAUGUUGCAACAAUUCCCUUUAAUUGACAGUUUUUAAGAGGACAUUGUAAAUUUAAAGUAUUCAUAACAUGAACUGUGAUUUUUUUUCUGAUCAGAAAAAAUGCACCACUAGAGCAUUAUUUAUAACAAAGAAGUCACUAAGAACUGUAGGAGGUUCAUAGUGAAUCUAUUUUCUGACCGUUUCCUACUGCCUAUCAAAGCCUAUUUGUUUAAAUAUGGCUUCUGUCUAAUUCUCUUAUUCAAAUGAAAAGCAAUUUUUUUCAGAAAUGAGUCAUUGUUCUGUGCCUUCCUGAGAAUGUGAUUCACAGGACACUGGUUUUAAUUUCUGUGGCUGUUGGAUGAAGCCUGACAUGUCCUCUUCUGAAAAUAAAAUAUCAGCUUGGAGAAGCCGUCUUGCCAAAGCUUGGCUGGGCUGUGCUCUCAAGAAGACCUCUCACCUGCUAAGAAGGACUUUGCAUUUCUAGAGCCUGUGAGACCACACCCUUUCAUUAUCUCUCAGUGUCUUACCUGUUAAAUCCGUGACCCAAAACUGCCAUUGUCAUCCGAAGAUAGUACUGUAAAAAUGGGAUAUUUAAACUAAUCUGCUCAAUCAAUGGACACAAAGCUAUCCCAUGUGGGAGGCGGAACAACCAGCCCCAUAUAUCCACACACUGCUCUUCAGAAUCUGUGACUACGCACGAUGACCAGGAGAAGAGAGAACUGAGCUGCCAGUCAGAUCAGUUCAUCUGGGCCGGAAAAGGCUCUUGCUGCCCCUGUAGAAGUCAGUAUGCAGGUGCUGUUAUUUUAGUCUAGGUCACCUAUUUUGGGCCCCUUAUUUCCAGAGCUGCAAGACAAUAAAAUU